AUGAGACAAAAAUCCAAAACAGUUCAUGAGGGCCUAGAAAAAAAGUUAUAAGCAGUCGAUUAUGAUAAGUGUUUAUAUAAUUGCCUUUUGACAAAAUAGAAAUUUAUUGGAAGAGGCUUGAGAUACCUUUAUCUGUUUAAGAAUUAAAUUUGUAUAGGAAAGGUAUCCGUCUAUCUUUAGAUUUUGAGUCACCUUAUAUUCAGAUUCCAGAACGACAGUUUAGAAUCAACUCAGAAUUAAGAAUACAAUGGACUUAUACGAAAAAUAAAUUAAAAUCAGUAAUCUUUUAAGUAAGCGGCUAAUAAUAUGAAUAUCAUGGAACAAAUGAUUAGUUAAGGGAACUUAAAUAAAAAUGUUCAUUAUAUGUUUUCCAAAUUAAGAUUUAAGAUGAAUAUUAAGCUGAAUCAGUUUUAGGAAAAGGGUCAUAUGCUACAGUUCUAGAAUUAACUAAUUUAUAUACAAAUAGAUAAUAUGCUGCUAAAUGUAUAGAUUAAUAAAGAAUAAAUGAAAGGAAGAAUGGUUAUAAAUAAUUAUAAUAAGAAAUAGAGACAAUGAGAAUUCUUUCAGAAAGAAAACAUGAUAAUAUACUAUAGUUACAUGAACUUUAUAUUGGAAAUUAAAAUUAUUAUCUAGUUAUGGAAAUGGCAAAAGGAGGUUCAUUAUUAACUCUAAUGAAAAAACGCUAAACUCUUUUUAGUAGAUCAGACAUCAAACUAAUAAUGAAAUAACUGCUUGAAGGAUUGGCAUUUAUUCAUAGUUAUAAUAUUAUGCAUAGAGAUUUAAAACCAGAAAACAUAUUAUUUAUGAAUAAAGAUUUAGAAUCAUUAGUAAUUGCUGAUUUUGGUUUAGCAUAAUCAGUAGAUUCUCAUCCAUAUACAUAUCCUAAAUGUGGAACACCAGGUUUUGUUGCACCUGAAAUUCUUGAACAAGAUUCAGAAUUAGCUAAAUAUACUGUAUCUUGUGAUAUAUUUAGUGCUGGAGUUAUUUUAUAUGUUUUGUAAUGAUUUUUAAUUUUAUUUAGAUUAAUUGGAGAACCUCUUUUUGAAAAAAAAGACAGAAAAGAAUAAUUAGAAUUAAAUAGAAAAUGUGAAAUUAAUUUAACUAAAUUUCCAUCUGAUUAAUUAGAUGAUCUUGAAAAAGAUUUAUUGAUGAAAAUGCUUUCUAAGAAUCCAGAAUUCAGAUGGUCAGCAAAUAAUCUAUUGUAACAUAAGUUUUUUGUAUCUGAAGAUUCUAUAGAAAGUGAACUAGAUUUCUAUAAAUUAAAUAAUAUUGCCAUGUAUGAUAUUUAUAAAAUAUUAGUCUUAAGAAAUAAAUAAUGCCAACUUUCUCUAAGAAUCCUUUUAUAUAAUUUGGUAAACAUAUUAAUACAGUCAGAGAUAAAACUUAAACACUUUCUUUAAGAUAGAGAAAUUGUACUUUAAUAAUGUAAACCAAUUUAAGAUUUGACAAAUCUUCAUAAGAAUAAUUAAAUACUGAAUAAGUUAAUGGAAUGGGAUCUUUUAAUCUAUUCAAAGAUGAAAUAAAUUAAACUAAUCCUUGA